UGGCCACAAGGAGGUGGAGAUGGGGAGGUCCUGUCCCCACUCAGUCCUCCAUAUGAGAAGACACAGGAAAUGUGGGUCACUUUACCCUGAUUCUCUCCUGACUCCUGAGCACCCAGGGUUCCUUCACGGGGCCUCCUCUCCUUCCUGAUGGCUCUGCUGGUCUCACUUCCUGGAGAGAUGCAGGCCAUGACUUGGUUCCUGCUUCUGCUGCUCCCAGCAGCCUUCCUGCAAGCUGGGAACUCAGCAGGCACCAACAGAAAAAGAUACUUUGGUGUCAACCAACCAGCUCGCCUCUCUGGUGUCCAGGGCGGCUCCAUUGAGAUUCCCUUCUCCUUCUACUUCUCCUGGGAGUUGGCGAAUGAUCCACAGAUGAGGAUUCUCUGGAGAUGGAAGAACUUCCAUGGGGGAUUGAUCUACAACUCCUCCUCGGGUUUCAUCCAUGAGCAUUUCAAGAACCGACUCAUCCUGAACUGGACACAGCCUCAGACAUCCGGAGUCCUCAGAAUCCUGGACUUGAAGGAGAAGGACCAGACAGUGUAUUUCGGCCGAGUUCGUCUGAACACGAAACAUGGCAUAGAGAAGUGGCAGUCAACUGGUGGGACCCGACUCAACAUCACCCGUAGAGAGGACAUCCCAGCCCCCAGGACCAUCGCUCCAAGCCGCACCACUGCAACUUCUGCAAGCACCAAAAACACCCUCACGACCACAGAAAUUCAGAUGAGCAAAGAAAAUCAGACCCUGAAUCCGGGAACCAGAGUUGGGGUGGCCGUGGCUGCUGCUGUUCUCCUCGCUGGGGUUUUGGGAUUGAUAGCGUUCCUCAGGUGGAAGAGGAGGAAAGGCCAGAGGACUAAAGCCGAAACCCCAGCCAGGGAACUCAUUGAAAACACUGAGAAAUAUGAGCAAGUAGAGCCCAAAGGACAACAUAUGGACCCCAAUGAGAACCCCAAGGACAACAACAUCGUGUAUGCCUCCAUUGCCCUCUCAAGCCUGACCUCCCCAAGAACACCAGCCUGCCCGCCUGUCCAUGAGAACCCCCAGGAAGAGACUGUAUACUCCAUCGUAAAGACCAAAUGAGCGGGUCUGGGUGACCAUCUCAGAGUCACCUUUGCUUCUAGUAGAAAGACUCCCAGCUUCCUCUAAUACCCACAGUCAGAUGCUCACAGGUCACAGAUACCCAUGGCCAGGACAGAAAUUCACACGUCAGGGAGUUUGAACUCAGAGAAACUGAAAAACUCACAUUUCCCCUUUCUAACUUCCGAGGUCUUUCUCACAAAAAAUAAAAAGAUCCACAGAAUUUAUCUAAAUUCAUUGAA